AUGAUGUGGAAAUAUCACCGUUUUGCUUUGCCUCCCAUUUUUCCCGUUAACACUUUUUUACUUCUCCGCCGCUACCCUUAUUACCCUCCUGGCCGCCACCCAGGUCGCCGCGGCGCCCCUGGGCGCUACCGGGAGCGACGCAACCGCCGUCCGCAUCGCCAAUCGGGACGUCUCCGCAUCCGCCGCGGGCGCCGCCGCGCAGCCGCUCGUCCCCGCGACGAGGUGGCCGACGAGGCUCCGGCCGACGAAGAGCCCGAGCAAACCGCCCCGAGGCUAACCGCCCGGCGCACCGGGCGGUUGGCCGGGGCGUUGACGCGCGCUGGUGGGGACACGGGUUCCGCCGCCGUGUGCGGCGGGGGCAGGUGGUCGGGCUGCUAAACGGACGGCCGCUGCCCUCCGUGCCGGCGGCGCACAAAGCUGCCCGGCUUUCUCAUCUUUAUCAGCGUUGGAAUUCGUAGUAGCGUGGAGUCUUUGCUUUUAUGGCUCUCUUUCAACCCAUCUUUUGGUUUGCCUUUUUUUUUCUUUACAUGCUCUUUUCAAUGCAAGUUCAAUCUAUGGCCAA